GCGUCGUAUCCUUCGCUUGCCUGCUGCUUGCGAUUGAGAGGGCAUCUCUUGUCUCUUGAGCUCUUGUUGUGUAUUUAUCGCUUGUCGCGUCUUGCUCGAAUUUCGAAAUUCGCGAUCCAUGAACAAGAAGACAGCAGAAGGACCACAUGAAGGGAGGAAGGGAUGCUGGACAUACAAGAAGCUAUAGACUGCUAUGAACAAUGCCUGACAAGCUUACUAGACCACCUGGCAACCAAUGCUCAAGCUCAUGUCCAAGGGGCCAUCUCUGAAAAGCUCCAAUCGCACAUCACUGCCCUCAUCCAAGCAGACAAGCGGUACAAUCGGGCUCUCGUAGAAGCCAAGAAGCAUCUCCAAGCAUCAACAGCCAUGGUACAGCUUCAAGCGCAAGAAUCAGCGCUUGAUGCACAAUUAGAGGAGAAUUUGCAGGUGCUCAGGACACUGCAUACAGAGCUCCGCAAACCCCUCUCAUCCAAUUACGAACCAGCUAGGCUCAGUGGCCGCGAGGGUGCGAUGAGUGAGGGAGAAGAGGAGGUACCACGUAUUGCGUGUCAUACGCUGAUGCAAUAUGCGCGUAUUCUUGCCAAGACGUCCUCUGCACCGAGUUCAUUCGAUCCAACAACCCAUUCAGCGACAGCGAGUUCCCUCUUUCCCUGGCCAUCGGAGGAUAUGAUGCGGCGUGGUGCUGGCAGUGCCACGGGUGUUGCUCAACAGAAUGGAGAGAUGGCAAUGCAGGAGGAUAUCAAGGACGACAGUGGCGCUGCAGAAAUGGAGCCGACAUCGUAUCAAGCACAAAAUCAACCCAGCAUGCCUGACAAUGGUCCAUCAGGCCUCGACUUGGAUCUCUUUGAUCCAGACCAAGAUGAAGACUAAGAUUGUAGAUAAUCAACAAAGGGGAAAUACUACUGAGAACCUAUAUUGCCUUUAAAAAAAGAAGAAAACAGAAAGCUUAAUACGUCAAGGUGAG